GGCUUCACUCCGGGCCCACCAUGGGAGGAUGCCUCUCCAAACCCAAACCAGUAGAGGUCAAAGUUGAGCUCACUCUUUUGGACAAAGAGAAAGAGGUGGACCUGAUGUCUCCUAAUGGAAAGGCCAGUCCAUUUUCAGAAUGCAGAAUCAACGGAUCUCUGGGACACUGUUCAGACGAGGACACCAUGACACUGCGGCCACACCGUAAACACAGAGAUUACAUAGAAGCAUCUGUCUGCCAUGUAAAAGACCUUGAGAAUGGACAAAUCCGUGAGGUGGAUUUGGGGACUGGUCGUGCUCUGCUCAUUAAGGAACAUGGAGAAUUCUUUGCCAUGGGACACAAGUGCCCACAUUAUGGGGCUCCACUGGUCAAAGGUGUGCUAUCAAAAGGGCAUGUGCGAUGUCCAUGGCAUGGGGCAUGUUUUAACAUCACUACGGGUGAUAUUGAGGAUUUUCCUGGCCUAGACAGUUUGCCUACCUUCCAGGUCAGAGUCGAAAAGGAGAAGGUGAUAAUAAGAGCAAACAAGCAGGCUCUUCAGACUCAGCGGCGGUCAAAGGCCAUGUCAAAAUGUUCAGCUGUCAUCCAUUCCAGCACUGGAUUCAGCCAUGUUCUCAUUAUCGGAUCAGGUCCUGCUGGUCUGGUGUGCGCUGAGACUCUGAGGCAGGAGGGUUUCACUGACCGUAUAGUCAUGUGCACCAUGGACACACAUCUGCCUUAUGACAGGCCUAAACUGAGUAAGUGUUUAGAGAGCACAGCUGAGCAGCUUCAGCUGCGCUCAUCUGACUUCUUUCAAAUGCACGACAUAGAGAUACUAUUAGAGAAAGAGAUUGUCUCUGUGGAUGUGAAGACACGGACUGUGACAUUUCGGGAUGGUUUUAAAAUGGAGUAUCGAAAACUCUUCAUUGCCACAGGGAGCAGACCCAAACCUCUGAGCUACAAAGGCAAAGAUGUGGGAAAUGUGUUUCACCUCAGAACACCAGAAGAUGCCAACAGCAUCGCAACACUCGCCAGCAGUAAGAAUGCUGUCAUAGUUGGAACCUCAUUUAUUGGUAUGGAGGUGGCCGCAGCUCUCACAGAUAAGGCCCACUCAGUGUCUGUGAUCGGCAUAGAGGCCGUGCCAUUCCGUAAAGCACUCGGAGAGAAAGUGGGAAAAGCCUUGAUGAAGCUGUUCGAGUCAAACAGGGUGAAGUUCUACAUGUUGAACGAAGUGUGGGAGAUGCGAGGGCAUAAUGGACAGUUAAAAGAAGUGGUUCUAAAAAGUGGCAAAGUCUUGAGAGCUGACGUCUGUGUUAUUGGCAUAGGCUCCAGUCCAGCCACAGCAUUCCUGAAGCAGAGCGGAGUGCACAUGGACUCCAGAGGAUUCAUCCCAGUCAAUAAGACCAUGCAGACGAACAUUGACGGGGUCUUCGCUGGAGGUGAUGUGGUAACGUUUCCUCUAGCUCUACGUAGCAAUAAGAAGGUGAACAUACCCCACUGGCAGAUGGCUCACGUACACGGUAGAGUGGCUGCACUUAGCAUAAUGGGAAAAGCCUCAGACAUUAAAACGGUGCCUUAUUUCUGGACAGCAAUGUUUGGGAAAAGCAUACGAUAUGCAGGUUAUGGAGACGGCUUUGAUGAUGUCGUCAUCCAGGGAGAUUUGGAUGAGCUGAAAUUUGUGGCAUUCUACACAAAGAGUGAGGAGGUGGUGGCCGUGGCCAGUAUGAACUACGACCCUAUUGUGUCACGGGUUGCAGAAGUCUUUGGCUCUGGAAAGACGAUUAGGAAACGUGACGUGGAGACAGGAGACAUGUCAUGGCUGAUCGACAAAGGCUCGCAGUGAGGAUGUGAUCAGCUCAGCACAGCAAGCUCCUUGAGCUUUCCUUGCCAA